AGCAAUCCGUUUCCGGUGAAUUUGAGCAAAACCGGAAGUGCUUGAUGGUUACCUGUCUUUCUUCAUCCGGCGAUUAUCCGUUUCUUUUUUUGUUGUCAGGACAGCUACGUCUGACUGCAACCUAACAUUCAAUGAUGGACGAAUUCGAAGAUGGAGAUGCACCUCCUGCUGGAGAUCUAGCGCAGUGCAACACUUGUAAAAGAAUGUUCUUCCCUAAAGUCCUGGAGAAGCAUUCUAAAAUCUGCCAAAAGUCGGCGGCUAAAAGGAGGAAGAUUUUUGACUCCAGCAGGCAAAGAGCGCAAGGAACCGACAUCCCCACCCUCAAACCCCUCAAACCAAAGCCAGAACCCCCUAAGAAGCCAUCCAACUGGCGCAAGAAGCAUGAAGACUUCAUCGCAACAAUUCGGAAAAGCAGAGGCAAAAAAGAUGCCAAUGCAGACGAUUCAACUUCUCUUUUGGAUCUUGAACAGUGUCCUCAUUGCCAGCGGACGUUCAUCAAAAGUUCAGCUGAAAGACACAUAGCGUUCUGCAAGGAGCAGGCUGCCCGAUUGGCCAUCAAGAAACCACCUGCACGUACACAGUAUAAGUCUCCGGUUGUCAAGAAGGCCAACUCGACAGCGUCAGCCAUUCCAAUGGCCUCCACACGCCCACCACCUCAGAGAUCAGGCCUUGGCCAGACAACUGGAGUGUCUCUAAGUCAUGCUUCAACUGCAGCUUCAAAGAGGACAAACACUACUGGGCUCACAAGUCCUGGUUCUGGUGUGGGAAUGAAAAACCGAGCAGUGGGUUCUUUGAGGAACCCAGCGGCUGUAAGAGGACCACUCAACAAGAACAAACAAGAAAAUUCUUGCAUAACGAGGGAUGGCGUCGAUGGUGGGGACAAUGUUGGCAAUGGCAAACUAGACAGCAAGUUUUGUCACUCCUGUGGGACCAAGUACCCUAUAGAAUCUGCAAAAUUCUGCUGCGAGUGCGGCAUUAGGAGGAUGUGUAUCUGACCAAGAAAGACUUCAUUUGACGUCAACGCUGUUUGUUUUCACCUGUCCAUUUGAAACCCACAAGUUUGUGUUGGCAAUUAACAAAAUUGUAUUUGUAGCUUUUAAUGGAGCCUCAUUAUAUAUCAAGAGCAACUCCAUGGUACACAAAUACUGAGCAAACCGCCCAUGAGAGAACUGUUCCCCUACUAUGAUACUUUAGACCUCAUAUAGCCUUAUAAAACUAGUUGUAUUAGUGGAUUGCAGUUGUAUUGCAGUCCCUCUCCAGUAUUAUUUAGUUAAUAAUUUGUGGGUAGUGGGAGACAAAACAUUGAAGGUCUCUGUUUAAGGUACAAAAUAACCAUCAUUAAAGGCCUAUUGAAACCCACUACCACCGACCACGCAGUCUGAUAGUUCAUAUAUCAAUGAUGAAAUAUUAACAUUGCAACACAUGCCAAUACGGCCGGUUUAGUUUACUAAAUUGCAAUUUUAAAUUUCCCGCAGAAUUUAUUGUUGAAAACGUCGAGGAAUGAUGACGCGUACACGUGACUUCACGGACUGUUAGGAAAUAUUAGCCCUACACCACCAGCAGCUAAAAGUCGUCUGCUUUAACCGCAGUAUUUCGGACUUCUGUGUUGCUGAAUCUUUUGCAAUUUGUUCAUUUAAUAAUGGAGACUAUAAAGAACAAUGCUGUUGGUGGAAAGCGGUGUAUUGCAGCUGUCUUUAGCACCGAGAAACAGCUGGUGUUUCUUUGUUUGUUGUGAAGCAGAGCGGUCAAGCGAACAUGUUUUCUCUACGUCAACCAACAUGUUUUUGAAUGGGGAAAUUGAUAUAUAUCUUACCGGAGACAUCAGAGGAUUAUUGGUCAUCCUACAGCUCUCAAAAAAGGCAGCUGUGAGCUUGGCUUCUCGGCUUCUCUAUGAGACACUGCGUGUUCACCGCAGCCAUCCGACCUCGAGGUAUGUCUUUACAAUCUUUAAAAUCCCACUAAAACACUAUUAAAAACAAUAAGCAGAUAAGGGAUCUUCCAGAAUGAUCCUAGUAAAUGCGUCUAAUUACAUCUGAAACGCUCACACUACCGCCGGCCUGAGCCGUCGCUUUUUUUUUUUUUCUAGUCCUUCACUAUCAAUAUCCUAAUUCAUGAAUCUUUCAUCCUCGCUCAAAUUAAUGGGAAAAUUGUAGCUUUCUCGGUCCGACUUUCUCUUACUGCUGGUGGCUCCCAUUAAAAACAAUGUGAAUAUGUGUAGAACCUUGCAACUCGUGACGUCACGCGCACAUAGUUCCGGUAAAGGCAGGGCUUUUCUAUUAGCGACCAAAAGUUGCGAACUCUAUAGUCGAUGUUCUCUACUAAAUCCUUUCAGCAAAAAUAUGGCAAUAUCGCGAAAUGAUCAAGUAUGACACAUAGUAUGGACCUGCUAUUCCCGUUGAAAUAAAAUCUAAUUUCAGUAGGCCUUUAAAGGUGUAAAGGAGUAGUGAAGAAAAUACAUAAUACUACCCAUUUUGUGCAAUGUAAAAAUCUACCAUAAAAUAUUCAACUCAUGUUUGAUGAGUGGUAUUAUGGGUAUGUAACACCCCCCUUGAACAUCCACAACCACACUAUGCAAAAAUCACUGUCUGGUUUUCGUCAAAAAAAAAAAAAGACAGGAAAAGAGGUUCCGCUCUUUUUAGAAGAGAGCAAAGUUGCGUAAGGAAUGAACUCUGAGUUUGUUUAGAUAUGCGAAAAUUUUAAGUUGGAAGUGGGGCAUAAAUAAGUCGAGACGUGGGCGUUCUUUCUCAUUCCCUGUGGCUCAAUCCUCAGUCAAGCGUAAAGGAAACAGCUUCUCAAUUUUCUCAUAACAGAAUUAAUUUAUGUCCAAGUGCAAUAUGAUUGACUACUGAAGUAGAUGUUUUCUCAUGUUUAGUUGUGUUAGGAUUUUUUUUUUUUUUUACAGGUCUCAUUGUAUAUACCGUAUAUAGACAGGGAUCCAAACCCCCUCAAACAUGUAUUGCUGACCACUGUAGUAUUCUCAUGCAUUCCUUUUCAUAUCCUGUAUUACCUACCCAGUUAUUUAUUCCAUCCUAAUUAUGCCUGUUUUAUUUGAUGAACAUUGACUGAAUUGUGUCUUUUCA